CACUUUCUUGAAUUGAGCCCUGAAAUAUCAAUCUGAAAAUACCCAAUGAAUUUUAGUAAUGAAGUAUACUUUGUUAAGUAAUAGAUACUACAGCUGGUAAUCCUUGAGAGCCGCAGAGGGGAAAACCUGGUGUGCACACCAGGUGCUCGACAGAAUGCCCCAACCAAUCUGCAACCUUGUUUUUAAAAAAAGGCUUUAAAAAAAAUAAUAAAUAAAGAACUUUUCUUCAGCCUUUCUCCCAAGCCCAGCCCGACUUCCCUUCCCUUCCCUCCAAAAAAACCCCAAAAUUUCUAAUUCUCGCCCCCAAUUCCUCCUUAAACCCUAACCGCAACCACCACCUGCUGCCGCGUGAUCCGUGAACGAAUUUCUCUCAGCCUCGCUAGACUCACACAACGUCGACUGCUGGCUGCCAGUGACGAGUGAGUUAAAGUCUACUACAUUGGCUUGGUUUGCAACUACAUUAGCAAUACUACCAUUUUGCAAUGGGAGUCGUAAAGGAUGGCAGCACCACCACCGGGUUUCUCCCUAGCAGUGAAGUUUUUGCCAUCCACUAUCCUGGUUAUCCUUCAUCCAUGUCCCGUGCCAUUGAGACACUUGGUGGGACCCAAGGAAUUCGUAAGGCUCAUAGUUCACAGUCAAACAGGCUGGAGCUUCAUUUCCGGCACCAAGAACCAUAUUCACAUCCUGCCUUUGGAGACCUUCGUCCUUGCAACAACUUGUUGCUUAAAAUAUCCAAAACCAAGUCUAAUGCUGGACAAACUCAGCCCCAAAGUGAAUUACUUGCCAGCAAACAAGAUGAAGUGCAGAUGCCUGAAAAUGAUCGAGUACAUUUUGAUAUUGUUGCUCGUGUCCCAGAGGCUUAUCACUUUGAUGGAAUGGUUGACUACCAGCAUGUUGUUCCUGUUCAUGCUGAUGUUGCACGGAAGAAAAAGAGAAAUUGGAUUGAAAUUAAGGAUCCACACUCUGAUAAGGGUGGUCUUAUGGAUAUUGAUCAGGAGGAUGCGAUGAUUCUGCUACCCCAACUCUUUGCACCUAAGGAUGUGCCCGAUAAUUUAGUGUUGAAACCAUCAGUGACAUUGAGUGCAAAAAAGAAUCAAGAAGAACCUGUGCAACACCAAUGGGAGAUGGAUAUGGAGCCAGUUCUUGCAAUUGACUUUGGAAUCAGUGAGAUUCCUAAGAGAACGAAUUGGGAGGAAUAUAUACCCCAAGGCUCAGAUCAGUGGGAGUCACAGAUGGCCGUGUCUCAGCUGUUUGAUGAGCGGCCUGUAUGGCCAAAGGAUUCACUAACUGAACUCUUGGUUGAUAAGGGCUUCAACUUUUCAGAUCAUCUACUCAGAAGGCUUCUUUCUAGAGUCGCAUACUACUUUUCACGUGGACCGUUUCUCAGGUUCUGGAUAAAAAAAGGAUAUGAUCCUCGCAAGGAUCCUGAUUCUCGAAUAUUUCAGAAAAUUGAUUUUCGAGUCAGACCACCAUUACAGAGUUACUGUGAUGCUAAUUCAGCCAAUCAUUCAUUAAGGACCUUCAAUACUUUCCAUAGAAUUCAACUCAUUAAUAAAGCAAUGCUUAGUUCUGACAGAGUUGUCCAGAAACUGUCUGAGACAGGAUGGUUUUCAUAUAACAUGCUUGAAAACUUGAAAGAUUGUGUUAAAGUGAGGUUCCUAUCUGUAUUCCCAGAACCUGGUGCGGAGCCCUUGCUAAAAGCUGCUACUGAAAGCUUCAAAAAGUCCAAGAAGUUGUGUAGUAAUGACAAAUUAAUGCGUGAUGAAGUGGUACACCCACAGGCCAAAGCAGGUAUAGAAAUAAAACCACAUUUUGUUCUAAGCUCUGCAAAUUCUUGUGGAUUUCCUAUAUGUUUCUCAGAUCUUAACAUGGAGAAUAUCUCAAGAACCCAUUUACAGGAGCUGUUUGGUAGUUUUCCAUCUCCUGAAGCAGGGGGUGAUAGAAUACAAGCUGCAUAUACGAGUGAUGAAGAAUACCAGAUUUAUGAGCAAGAUAGUGAUGACAACUUCCCUGAUGAAAAUGAUUGCUAACAUGACAUCUCUAAGGUUGUGCAAUAUGAAUAUCAUUUCACAUGUGCAACAAGUUUUAUGCUUUGCGUUUCAUGACUGUAAGUUGCUCAUGCAAACUUCUCAAGAGGCCUUGCCUGCUAUAACAUGAAAGCUACACUAACUACCAAUUAUUGGUGUUUGACGACCAUCAAUAUAAAGCACAACUUCAGAUUCAUUUUCUAGCCUGGACAAGAUGAUAAGUCGAAUUGAUUCGUGCAUCUUCAAAUGUGGUCCUCGACUCAAUGUGGUUUUGGAUCUCAAUAUCUGCCAAUGUACAACAAUGAUAAUGGAGAAUCUGUACUUGCUUGAUGAGCUUCUGCCAGUCUUUGAUUUCUUGUUCGAUGAUAUCGGUGAAGGUGUUUCUUUUGGCAUGGCAGUUGGAUAUGCAAAACCACUCAACUCUGUGCCUCCCAUUGACCAUUUAACGCAGAGCUGAAACCCUGGGGGGAAAAGCACUACUACUGCAACUGUUGGUCAUUAGAUUGUUUACGAGUUUCUUUUUAUACCUUUAGAUCUU